AGUUUAUGUCUAAGUAGUCUAUCGAUGUGAAAUAGAUGUCAGUAUUGUCAUCUAUCCUAGAGCGGCAAGAGGAAGGGCCCGGUGGCGGUGCUGCUAUUAGUAUUAGCUGUUGCUUGUUGGCUGUAGUAGUAUAACCCCCGACAGGAGGGUCGUCCGCCGGCGGCCUCUCCAGCGAAAAAAUGAGCGCUACUCCUGGAAGUGUUGCUUCCGCCACUGCGUACUACAUGCAGGCGGCGGUUGCUGCACCAUCAUCCAGCACUGCCCCUCCUGCCGCGGAACAGGAAACGGAAGCGCCAGUAGUGGUGGUGUCCGAUGAUGUCGUAAAGGACUUCAUGAUGGAGGACUUUGGGUUGCCCGAGGAAUGGUCAGAAUACACGUUUACCGGACUCUGCCUCGUGGUCGGCCUGCUAUUCGCCUUCCGUGGUCUGAAAAUGAUGAGACUUGUUUUCUUUCUGGUCGGAUUCCUCACUGGCUUUUGGGUGUUCCAGCUGUUUCUGCAGAAAAACCUCCCGAAAACGGUGCCCUCGAGCACAGCGACGCUUCUGCAGUAUGGCACUGGACUGCUCUCCGGAAUCGCAACCGUCUCGGUCGUUCCGCUUGCCAUGUUUUGCCUGGGCGCCCUCUGCUGGUUGCCAUUUGCUGGUACUCUUGUGAUCUUUGAGGAUUAAGAAUGAACGGGCGACGCAUCUUCACUUUAUUUUGCUUGUAUUGACGAUGACUGCUCUUGUUUCGGACAUGGUCGCCGUUCCGGUUGCGCCGCCUGAAAUGCUAUCGGCGGGGGACCCGCAGCCCAUUUGUUUCAUUUCUACAACUUGUACGAAGAAAGUACAACUUCCUUGGACAGGCCUCGCAUUCCAGCAGAUUCUCAUGUUUGAGAUCGUGAUAGAGCAGCUGGAGCACCUGCCCGAGGGCGACGCCUACCUGAAUCUGGUGCGGUAUGCGUUUCUGGGCAUAAGUACCUUUGUCGCCGGGUAUCUCGCUUCCAGAAAAGUAGUAGAGAACAUGAUUUUCAUCUGUGCUACCAGUUUCCUUGGGGCCUACCAUACCAUCCAGAAAAUUGCUAGUGCAGGAUCUUCGCUUCUGUGAUCGCAAAAGAAAAGGGACCUUCGUUGAGACAAGGAAACAAUGUAUGAUAAAGCCAAAGUAAGUUGUAAAUUGUAACGUAAUCGGUCAUUGAAAUGUAAGGCGACACAGCGUGUCUCUUCAGGUUUGCAGCGCAGAUAGGCUUGCCUAUGUAUUGCGGUUUGACCUGAGCAGGACAACAACGAUGAAAAAGGAUUUGCUAGUGAUUUUCCGUGUGAUUGCCUUGAUCUGUCUCGGCUUCAAUCACAUUUGGCGGGCAACGGAGGGCGAGGGCGAAUUUUUCACGCCACUUUUUGAAAUGGACGCGCUCAUCAAGGAACGGGGGGACGAGGUACAGCCAUUUUUUUGUAUCAUGUAUGACCGCUGACUCGAUUGAUAACCCCAUCCAUGUCAUGAGUCAUGACUACAAAUUUAGGUUGGUUUGAGUUUCAUGUUCUUCAUCUUAAAAUGGAUACAGACACGGAACUACCCGGUUUAAAAAAAUCUCGUUUUCAGAUGCUCCAGACAGAAAGCGGGGAAUUCUGGCUGAUGGUGACUAUCGGCAAAAAAGAUCCAUCGAUCCCCAUCCAAUUUAUCAUGCGAAGAAUGCACCAAAUACAAAUUCAUUUUCUCUCACAUCCAGUUGCAGUGCCUGUUAUGCAGAAAAUAGGUGGAUUUGGAUGUGGUGGGUGUUUUUUCCUGGAUAGUGAACGGGCUCGUCGUAUCACUUUGGAAAGAGCACGCCGGACUUUUGCAGCGAGUACUACUCCAAUUUGAACAGAGCAACAAAAAGGUUUUGGUUGUGCAUGCAGUUGUUUCGGGCAGACGUCGCAACAGCGGCAUGAGCAAGCAGACGCAGGAUACGCUCUCGUCUUCAUAG